CGCCAUACAGUCAUAAAUUUAUGACUUUUUUUGAAAUCAUCGGCAAACUAUUGUUACUUGGCAUGAAAAUCCCUAUUCUCCUCCACAACCAUUUGUGACCAUAAAUAAUUAUCUAUUGGUUAUUGGUUCACUGGAUCAUUCAUUCGGUGUGUUGAUAGCCCCGCGGGUUAUAUAUUUGUUGGUUUCUUGAAGCAUGCCAUCUGGGGCACCUUUGUUUGUCCUAAACCGUACAGCUCGUGGAGAACAGGGAAAAUCUGUACAGUUAGCGAACAUUGAAGCGGGAAAGACUGUUGCCGAAGUAAUAAGAACAUGCUUAGGACCAAGGGCAAUGUUGAAAAUGCUCAUGGAUCCUAUGGGUGGGAUAGUAAUGACUAAUGAUGGAAAUGCAAUAUUGAGAGAGAUUACUGUUGAGCACCCAGCCGCCAAAUCGAUGAUAGAAAUCGCACGGACUCAGGAUGAGGAAGUUGGGGACGGUACUACCUCUGUAAUUAUCCUCAGUGGAGAAAUGUUAGCAGUUGCUGCUCCCUGUUUGGAAAAACAGGUGCACGCUACAAAAAUUAUAUCCUCAUUCCGAAAAGGCCUCGAUGAAAUGCUUGUAUUGCUUCGUGAAAAGCUGAGUGUUCCAUGUAAUGCAUCAAAUGAACGAGAGGUCCAAAAGAUAAUUCAAAGUUGUGUUGGGACAAAACUCAUAAAUCAAUGGUCCGACCUAGCCUGCAAGAUUGCUUAUGACGCCGUAAAAAUCGUAACAGUGGAAACCGACGGUCGUAAAGAAAUAGACAUCAAACGGUACGCAAAAGUGGAAAAGAUUCCUGGUGGGUCUGUUGAAGACUCGGUUGUUCUUGAUGGCGUUAUGUUUAAUAAAGAUGUUGUACACCCUCGUAUGUCAAGAAGAAUAGAGAAUCCUAGGAUCUUGCUUAUGGACUGUAAUUUGGAGUAUAAGAAAGGCGAAAGCCAGACAACAAUGGAGUUAUCAGAUGAUAAGGACUUCACUCGUGCUCUAGAAAUAGAAGAGUCCUUCAUCAAGGAAAUGUGUGACCAAAUUAUCCAAUAUAGUCCCAAUGUUCUUAUUACCGAAAAGGGAGUUAGUGACCUCGCUCAACACUAUCUGAGCAAAGCCAACAUAUCCGUCAUAAGGCGACUCAGAAAAACAGACAAUCUACGCAUCGCGAGAGCAUGCGGUGCUACUAUUGUCAAUAGACCAGAAGAAAUCAAGGAGGAAGAUAUCGGCGUCCAAGCUGGUCUUUUUGAAGUAAAAACAAUAGGAGACGAGUAUUUCACAUUCAUAACGAAGUGCAAGAAUCCCAAAGCUUGCACCAUUCUGCUCAGAGGUGCCAGCAAGGAUGUACUCAAUGAAGUAGAGCGCAAUUUGCAAGAUGCCAUGAAUGUAGUUCGUAAUGUUAUGUUGGAGCAGCGAUUAGUUCCUGGAGGUGGUGCCAUUGAAAUGGCCCUGGCACAAGAAUUAACUCAAAAAUCAAAAUCAGUUAAUUCUGCCGUUCAGCAAAUGGUUUACCUCGCAAUGGCACAAGCCUUAGAAGUGAUACCCAGGACGUUAGCUAAAAACUGUGGUGCAAAUGUUCUUCGACUUAUCACGGAGCUUCGUGCUCGUCAUGCUACUGAUCCUGCUAAAUAUUGGACAUUUGGUGUGAACGGAGUGUCUGGAAAGAUUAUCGAUAUGAAAGAACUGGAUAUUUGGGACCCCUUGACAGUCAAGGCCCAAACUCUCAAGACAGCAAUUGAGACUGCGAUUUUGCUGCUGCGAAUCGAUGAUGUUGUUUCUGGGGUAAAGAAGCAAUCGGGAGAUAAUACACAAACUCCCACAGCCACUGAAUGAAGUUUCUGUCACCAAGUAAUUUUUAACCUAAAAUAUAUAUCGAUUCUACCUGCGUUACAUCUUGUUCUUUAUUCGUAAGGCACAUUCGUAAUUAUUUAUUAUAUGCAAACAUUUUCUGAGCACUACUACCUUUCUCUUGUUCCGAUUUGUGUGCAUCAUGGUUGCUUGCAAGAGAUUAUAUUGCCGAUAAUUUAUUAUCCAACUGUAGUCUACAUUACUUUCAAGACAUAUUUAGAAUUACAGUUCGUAGCAAUAACAUCGAUGUGUACUGAAUGGCUAUCCCAUUAAGUCAAGAUUUUUCAGAAGUGUGACAAAUCUUCAAUCUUUAGAACUACAGGUUGGCUAAUAUCAACCUCCAGUUACUUUGAACAUGGACUAGUCUUUGUUAAACAGCAUUAUAUAACGGAGAGAGAGAGAGAGAGAGAAAGAGAGUAAAAUAAAGAAUUGGG